CAUUGCCCUUUUUCUCAAUCACUCUAGGGUUUUCUUUUCCUCACCAAAUUUUCUCAAGAAAAAGCAAGAAAUUAAUUUGGAGUUUGGUCUAGUUUGGUGUGAAUGCUGAAUGGCAUCUUCAGAUGAAGAGGGGGAGAUUCUGCCAAAUUGUAUCAGAGAUUACUAUUUUGUUGAUUACAGGGACGAACCCAUUUCAUUUUCCAUUCUACCCCUUCAAUGGAGUAAGGAUGAGAAUCCAGAUGGCCUGAAAAUGAUGAUAUUUUUACGGGGGUCUGUUUAUGAUGGGCUUCAGAAGAUAUACAAACAGGUCAUAGCUUGGAAGUUCGAACUCUCAAGUGUGGAGCCUGAGAUUUUUGUGCUUUCCAAGGACAAAAAUUGGAUGGAACUCCAGAGUCCAAGGAAAAGUUUUCAGAACAUAGUCAGAACAAUUUUGGUCACUGUUUCCUGGCUCCACUUUGUGAAAAGGAAUCCAGAGGCAUCUGGGAAAUCCCCAUGGAAUCACUUGCUGAAAUCCUUCAGCUCAUAUGAGUUUGAACCAUCUGAGAAUGAUCUGUUGGAUCACAUGCCAUUAAUCCAAGAAGCUGUGAAAAGAGAGGAAGAUUUGUUGAAGUCUAAGUGUAUGCUUACUUACCUUCCGGAGAAGACUGGUGGAGAGACAGCUCUUUAUGAGGAUGUUCACACAAUGAGGAGAUAUACGUUUAUAGAUGACCGGGAUGACAAUGAUGAAGAUGAAGAAAAUGACGAAGACAAUGAUGAACUGUUUGAUUCUGUUUGUGCAAUUUGUGACAAUGGCGGUGAACUUCUAUGUUGUGAAGGAAGGUGCUUAAGAUCUUUUCAUGCAACUGUAGAUGCUGGAACUGAAUCCUUUUGUGAAUCUCUUGGGUUUUCUGAUGCUCAAGUUGAAGCAAUUCAGAAUUUUCUUUGUAAGAAUUGUCAAUAUCAGCAGCAUCAAUGCUUUGUUUGUGGCAUGUUGGGAUCUUCUAAUGAGUCAUCUGGUGCAGAAGUCUUCCGUUGUGAGUCUGCAACUUGUGGUCGGUUUUAUCAUCCAGAUUGUGUUGCGAAACGGCUCCACCCUAUGAAUAACAUUCUAGCAAAACAACUUCAAAAUAAAAUUGCUGGGGGGGUCUCAUUUACAUGUCCUCUCCACAAAUGUUUUGUUUGCAAAAGAGGAGAAAAUAAAGGGGUUGAUGACUUGCAGUUUGCGCUGUGUAGACGCUGUCCUAAGGCAUACCACAGAAAAUGUUUACCCGGGAAUAUUUCUUUUGAAUGUAUCUAUAAUGAAAAUAUCAUGCAAAGGGCUUGGAUUGGUCUGUUGCCAAAUCGGAUCUUGAUAUAUUGCAUGGAGCAUAAGAUAAACAGAAAACUUCGAACUCCCGAAAGAAACCACAUAAGAUUUCCUGAUCCUGAAAGUAAAGGGAAGAAACAUGUUUCAGAGCUACCAUCAAGCAAUGAGAAAGUUAUGUCAAAGAAAAGAAACAUAGUUUCUGAAAUUUUCCCAGCAGAAAGCACUGCAGUAAAGAUGACAAAGUUGGAGGUUCAUAGAGUUGUUAAAGAUGUUGGUUCUACGAAAAUAUUUGAGAAAAGAUGUUCCAGCCAAGGUUUUGAUCCCCCAACCAAACAGAAAAUUAAUGAUGCAACUAAAAAGUUUUUGAGGGACAAUGUCAAGUCUGUCCCAGUCAAAAUAUGCGCGUCUGUUGCAGUAAAGGGAACCCAGUCAUCCUUGAGAAACUAUAAUAUUAAGCCUAAGCAGCAGAAUAUCCCAAGUAAAGUGGAGAAGAUCACAUCACUUAAGCUUUCAAUGAAGAGGGCAAGCAGCUCACAACCUUUGAUGGAUGCUGAAUUGGAAACACGAAUAGUUGAUUUAAUGAAAAGUACCACUUCUUCCUUUAGUUUGGAAGAAUUCAGAGAAAAGCAGAAAGUCUUAUGUUCAUACUCAAAAAAUGUACUGGACAGCACCAUUACGCAAGGAAAGGUGGAGGUUUCUGUCAAGGCCAUUCGGACAGCCUUAGAGAAGUUAGAAAAGGGAUGUAGCAUUGAAGAUGCUAAAGCUGUUUGUGAACCUGAGGUUCUCAAUCAGAUUAUGAGAUGGAAGAGAAAGCUAAAAGUUUACCUUGCACCUUUUCUGCAUGGCAUGCGUUACACAUCCUUUGGCCGUCAUUUCACAAAAGUGGAGAAACUUAGGGAGGUUGUUGAUAGGCUCCAUUGGUAUGUGCAACAUGGUGAUAUGAUAGUGGACUUCUGCUGUGGUUCAAAUGAUUUUAGUUGCUUGAUGAAAGAAAAGCUUGACAAAGUGGGAAAGAGCUGCUCAUUUAAAAAUUAUGAUCUUAUUCAACCCAAGAAUGAUUUCAGUUUCGAGAAGAGAGAUUGGAUGAGCAUUCAUUUAGAUGAACUACCUGCAGGAUCUCAACUGAUCAUGGGGCUUAAUCCUCCCUUUGGGGUCAAAGCAUCUCUUGCCAACAAGUUCAUUGACAAGGCACUAAGUUUUAGACCAAAGCUCCUUAUUCUUAUCGUUCCAAAGGAAACCAAAAGACUUGAUGAAAAAGACUCUGCAUAUGAUUUAAUAUGGGAGGAUGAAGAUAUACUAUCAGGAAAGUCAUUUUACCUGCCUGGAUCUGUUGACAUGCAUGACAAGCAAUUAGAGCAAUGGAACUUACUGCCGCCAUUGCUCUAUCUUUGGAGUCGCCCUGACUGGACUUCUAGGCACAAGGCAGUGGCUCAAAAGUGUGGCCACAUAUCCAUAGAGCAAAAGGACUUUCUUGUGAAAGGCAAUAAUGUUGAAAGAGAAGUCUCAAAUUAUCUAAUGGAGGAGAAUCAUGACUGUUAUGGUGAUUUCUCCAAUCUAAUGAAUGACUAUGGUGAUAUCUCCAGCAUCUUGGACAAUGUUCCUGAAGAUAAUGAUGAAAGUGAACCUGAAGGUACUGGGAUGUUGUUUUUUGGUCCUUCUUCCAGUAACAGAAGCAGUGAAGUUUUGAAGAAAGAUGAGUGUGACAUGGGACCUUCUAUUGAGAGACUAAAGAAGAAAUGUGAAGGAAAGGAGGAUGUAGACCGGAUUGUGACAUCAAUAGAGCAAAGUGGCAACAGUGAGACAGAGCCUAAAGUUGAUGGAAUGUGCAUUGACAUGGAAAUAUCAUCUCCAGUUAAUUCUGCAUUUGACUGCACAGACUUCCAAAGUUUGUUGGAGGACAAGGCAUAUGAAGCAGUUGAAGUUGGAAAAAUUGGCUUUGGAAAUCUCCAGAGAAGGCUCUCGGGAAAUAAGUUGGGGUUUAAAAAAAAUUAUGUGGGAAUCAGGGCCGGUAUUUCAAGUGACACUGAUGGACAAAUUUUGAUGAAUCAACAACCAUUUCCCAGAGAAACUCAUAAACUGUCAACCCGAGCCAAUAUUGGUUUCAAUAGUCAUAAUCAGUUUCAUGGGCACAUCAAUCCUGGUGUCGGUACUUCUGUUGGGGCAUCUUACAAAAAUGAGCCAGAUAAGCAAAGGUCUGAGACAAAUACAAGCACACACCUCCUGCUCAACAGACAAAACCAUGAUCUUCCAUCUCAAGGGUGCAUUUUACCUAAUCAAGGUUCUGACUCUUACCAUGUUGGUUCACUCCCUUAUGCUCCUGCACCUAUGGGUUCAGCAGCCCAAUCAUCCUACCCCAGGAAGAACUACUCAUCGAUGCAGCUAGAUGGACCUCAAUCAGGGCAGUUAAAUCAUAUGAUGCCAAGUAAUUAUAGGCCUCCUAAGUGAAAAAAAGUGUUAGUUAUGCUGCUCCAGGGCCUGGCCUGCUGAUUUCUCAAGUUCUUCUCCUGUUCUACACCACCCGGAAUUAGACUUCAUCUAGCGAACUUACUGGAUAGUCUACGCUGUAGUUUCUGAUAUGACCUAACUUUCAAUUACAGGGACACUAUUUGAUAACUGUAUCCACUGAACUUACUGAAUAGUCUACACUAUUACUUCGUCUAGUUAAUUUUAAUUAAAGAGAUAAUGCUUAUAUAGCCAAAAA